AUGGUGCUGUCACGUUUAGGCAACAAUUCACUCAAGCAUUCAAGGCAUGGACCACUUUUCGCCCUUCUUCACCGCUUUUCAACAUCACCAUCUCUCAAUGUGAAGAUCUACCCCAAUGCUAAAGAAGCGGUGAAGGAUAUCCCCGACAAUGCAAAAUUACUUGUUGGAGGCUUUGGGCUGUGUGGUAUCCCAGAAAAUUUGAUAAAUGCAUUGAGUGAGACUGGACAGAAAGGUCUCACAUGUGUUUCGAAUAAUGCCGGCGUGGAUGACUGGGGACUGGGAAUUCUUCUCAAGACACGACAGAUCAAAAAGAUGGUCUCUUCCUACGUUGGUGAAAAUGCCGAAUUCGCGCGGCAGUACUUGUCAGGAGAACUGGAGCUGGAGUUCACUCCGCAGGGUACUCUUGCCGAGCGAAUCCGAGCAGCAGGAGCUGGCAUUCCUGCAUUUUAUACUCCAACUGGGUAUGGAACAUUGAUACAGGAAGGAGGUGCUCCGAUAAAGUACAGCAAAACAGAAAAGGGAAAAGUCGAAAUUGCCAGUCCUGCUAAAGAAACUCGUGCUUUCAACGGAUAUAAUUAUGUGAUGGAAGAAGCAAUCUGGGGCGAUUUCGCUCUCAUCAAGGCUUGGCGUGCAGACAAACUUGGCAAUAUUCAGUUCAGGCUAACGGCCGGCAACUUCAAUAACGCCAUGUGCAAAGCGAGCAAAUGUACCAUAGUUGAAGUCGAGGAAAUCGUUGAACCAGGAGUCAUCGAGCCAAAUAAUGUACACAUCCCAUCUAUCUACUGUGACCGGCUUGUGCUUGGCAAGAACUACAAGAAACCUAUCGAACGUCCAAUGUUUGCAUCGAAUGGUAAACCCAAGCCGUCCAGUUCUCCUGCCGACCGAACUCGCGAUAUCAUAGCUGCUCGUGCUGCUCUCGAGUUCCGCGACGGAAUGUAUGGUUCGUCGCUGUUUCCACGUGUUUUCUUUCUUUGUGCUACCAACAUACGAUGA